AUUUGUAUUCCAGGGGGAAGAGCAUGAUAGGAGCCAAUGGAGAAAUCACAAAAGAACCGUUCAGAUAAGUCACGUUCACCUUGACGGACUUUCGGCUCGGUCUAUAAAAGAGAGGUACACCUCCUCGAUGGCGCAGUCACAGUCACAGUGAAACCAUACAAAAUGUUCCGUUCAAUUGCCGCUGUUUUCAUCGUGGCCCUGCCACUAUUUCAGGCCGCUUCUGCUAUCGAUAUUUCUCAGGACAAAAACAUACACGUGGAACUCACCAGUAACGAUGCUGUGCAACAAACAAAAUCGGUAAGUUCCUAUCCAGAGGAACGUGGACCUCUAUUUAUCGGGGACCUCACCGCCGGCCAACGCUACGCAGACGAAACAGUUUUCCGUCGUGUAAUUGAAUUCAACAAUCCAACCAACACGAUUCAAAGCUCAACGUUAGACGUAUCUGUUACGAGCGGAGUAAUUCAUUAUAUCAGUGCUCGAAACGUACAAGGCAGUCAAGCAGUUGUCUGUGGCAAUCCAAACGCCUUAGGAGGAAGCAAAACUAGCAUUAAUCUUCGAGUACCACCGAAUUCCUUGGCUACGUUAAAUAUGGUGGUUGCGGCGCAUGAUCAUAAUCGCAUGAUCAAGUCUUAGAACGAUGACAUCGUGCUAAUACUACUAUGUUCUUUCAGUCAUGGUUGACCGAAUUGUAUUUCCAAUUUGAGGAAAAUAUGAAAGAAUCGUUAUUAAUGUAUGUGUGAUUUCUCGUUACGAUUGUAUGCCAAUGACUUUCUCGAUUGAAACUAUAGUGAGACUAGUACAUAUCGAAUUCAAGCUACAUAUCAAAUUAAGCUUACAUGAUAUCGACACCUUGCACACUGAAAAUUUUUAUAAAAUCAAUCAGCAAUCGUAACACGUUUUUAUUGAGAGAUAUUUUGAAAUCAAAUGUUUCAUUUCGAGAAGAAGAUUAUAAAUAUAUUAGCUUUUCGUGUUUUCCAUAAAUGAAAAUAGAACAAGAAAUAAUUUUCAUUGUUUCAAUGUCACUGUAUCACUAUAUCGGCAUCAUUAAAUUAUAAAAGAUUAAGUUUUGAUAAGUGUACCUUAUAUAAUUUUCACCAUAUCUGUGAAUAUUAUUGUACCAACCAUAACAUUGUAAAUCUCUUUUUAUUCUCUAACUCGUGUGUUUGUCUUUCUUCCUCUUUCGCUGAAAACUGAUUCCUCUUGAUAUCAAAUUUUAAUUUAACUAUAAUUACAGUAUAAAUGACAUUACCUCCUUCUAUCCUCUCAGGAUAUUGAUUAUGGAUACUAUAAGAAUAAAAUAUUUAUAAAACCUGAUAAAAGAAAUAUUUCAACCACUCUAAUUAAAAGAUCUUGAUGUUGUCUGAACAAAGUUUGAGAAAAUUUCAGGAGAUCUUAUUCAAACCAGCAGUCUUCAAAAAGUCUUAACGCUUUAUGCUACCACUAACGAUUCAAACGAAUACGCAGAAAACCUGACUAAUGCAAGUGCUGAUUGUUCCGUAAUCUUACAAUACCGGUUCACAACUUAAAAACUGUAAAAACACGCGAAGAUGAACAGCUCUUCAUUAAGGUGGUUCAAUACAUCAACGAAUCAGAUGAUAUUCACGCUGUAUAGCUGAAAUUCACUAUUAAUGGUAGUAACAUUUUUUAGUGUAUCGUUUUUUAUUCUACACAGCUUUAUUCAUGCAACAUGAAAGCUUACAUCUGAAUUUGAAAAAUUAUUUGUUGUUAAAAAUGCGUAAGAAAAUACUAUCGUCUAUCGUUCACUUGACACAUCAACUGCUUUACGUAGGUACUCGAAUACUUUCAUAUAAAUAUUUUUAUAGGCGCCGCUGAUAUCGGGAGUGCCCGAAACAUACAAAGUAGUCAAGUAGUUGUCUGUGGCACUCAAGAUACCUUAGGAGGAAGUUCAGACAUCCUUUUCAUUCGGAUUCCAGCCUCUUAUGACCUCGCAUUAUAUGUAGUUAUUGAAGCAACCAUUGAAAAGGUAUUGGAAGAAGAAACUGAUUGAAUGUGUUAAUUAAAUGUGUUAUUGUCUUUGAUCCU